UGAUUUGCAAUCUCCGCGAUGACGACUGACACGUUGAUUCCUAUUCCCAUUGAAGAUUGGGAGGAGCUAAGGAAUCUUUACCAACACAACUGGCCUCACAACGAACCAACCUAUAAUCUCAUCCAGAACUACAUCGAUUGGCAUCGCAUCGAUCGGAAGCUGAAAGAUUUUCGUAUAUACUCGCUAAACGGAACAUGGCGCCAGAAUGGGACGUUCGUAGUGCAGGACCUUUAUCUAUUGUUUUUCUAUAGUCUCGAUAAAACGAAUGAUACGGUACGACGCGCCCUCGAUCUUGUGGACUGGGACUACUCGUGGCAGGUAUCGGCGUACCACGAUACACAUAGAGCAGUAAUGUUGGAGAUCAUUAAGAAGCACAAGCUACAGCUAAUUUUUGACAUUGCAACGGAAUCGCGAUAUUUGCGCAAAGAAGAUGCGCUUCAGUUUUCCAUCGAGGUACCAGCAGGCAUUUGCCUGCGCCCAUUGUCCGGUGAGGAUGCCGUCAAGGCCAACUCUCUGUGGCCCCACCGAGCCAAGGGUUCCGAGUUUCUACUGAAACGAUUAGCUCUGUGGAACGCUAGCGUUGGGCUAUUUGAUGAGACUACGAACGAGAUGCUGGCAUGGUGCUUCCGGCUUACGCCUGGUGCUCAUGGUGCACUAGAGGUCCCGACUGAGCACCGCCGCAAAGGUUACGGAACGCUCGUGACGAAAGCGAUGGCCGUAAAGCUAGCUAAUAUGGGUUGCAAUUCUUAUGGAUUCGUUCUGACCACAAAUGCAGCUUCCAUCGCUAUGUUCCACAACCUUGGCUUCGAGAACGUCGGUACCAUGCACUGGACUCGGAACGUUGCUCGAAAGCUCGUUGAAUGGGAUGGUUAGCAAAGGUGUCGCUUCGCUCGAUCAGCUGUGCCUU